AUGGGAGGCGCACAAAGUUUGGACAAUCGGGAAGUUAAAACAACUCCCCCAACCAUUUGUGUUUCUGUUGGAUUUAAUUCUGAAACAUUUAGAUCCAAUUUGGCUCUCAUCCGAACUCUUUUUGCUAAAAGUACGGAACAGCCAAAGGAUUCGCUUUAUUCGUCUUCUAGCACUGCUGACGUGCACGCCACACAGUGCAGCGACGCGCAUCGAAUUACAAACAUUCUGGCAGCGGAUAAAACGGACAAGCAUUGCUCAGAAAACAGUCUUUCCGGUUUUGUGGAUCUGAACAAAAACCUUUGUACAUGGCGAAUGCAAAACCCAGCUCUUUUGAGCAUUCUGCGUUCACAGCUGAGUAGCUGUCCAUUCAACAACGACUCUGAAGCUUCACCGGGAGAGGGAUCAAUCCAUGGCAAUUCCUACCAAAUGGUGAAUAAAUUAGCAGAGACAAUGGGGAAAAAUUUUGUGAUUGAAGCCGGUUUGAAUUCGCAGUGCUGGAAUUUUUCACACCCGUUGCCCAGUGAACACGAGACAAUUUUUAACGAAGACACGCAUACGACAGCUGUCACAAAUUGCGGUCUAUCUGAUUACAGUCAAACAGACAGAAGUAGCCGGCAAAUAUUCUCCAAAAAUUUCCGGAACGAUAAAUUUUCCCGUACAACGUCGUCGCCUUCGAUUCCGACAAAGAACGUAUACGCCAAGCUAACAAAGCGUUCCAAGGACUUGACAGGUCGAGCACUCCACAGAGAUGUACAAGGAUCAACAGGGGAUCGUAAACCAAGACAGGCGUAUUCGUCAGUACAGUUGGAACGCCUGGAGAAUGAGUUCUCGCGUGACAGGUACCUGAGCGUACACAAACGAGUUGAACUAUCCAAUGACUUGAAUCUGACCGAAACACAAAUCAAAACAUGGUUUCAAAACAGGAGAACAAAAAUGAAAAAGCAACUUGCACUGUCCAGCGCAUUAACUCCGACACAAUCCCCAUGGUCUGCAGACUGCGACUGGAUCAGUCAGUUUGUCAAACCAUGUAUCUAUUCUAGCUCCCUUCCGAGUAUGAAGCUUAUGCAAGCAUUUUCGCGGAAUGAGGCUCACGCUCAACCAACAACAUCGGAAAAGAACGCUUCAUCUGAAAUCGAUCCUCAGAAGCUCAGAGACUUCGUGGAUUUCAAUUCGGUCGGGCAGUUGCGCUACGGAACAGCCAGUAAUGAACAUGUGGAAGCCAGCUAA